AUGAGUUUUCAUAAACUAAUGACAGAUAGGCCUAAUUAUAAUGCUAAGAAAAUAUUAUAACCUCUUAUUGUAUAACCUAAAACAGAAGUUAGAAUAGAAUCUCCAAUAAGACUUAGAUCAUAUAACUAUCUAAAGACUUAAAAUAUAGUUGAUAUAGGACGAAAGACUCUACAUAAAAAAAAUGAUUCUAAUAAAUCUCAAUCAAUUAAUAUUAAAUAAUAAAGAGUUUAGGAAGCAUAUAAUUCAUUAUCAGAUUUUAAUGAUAAAAAAUAAAUAAUAGCUUCUUUAAAAAGUUUGAACUCUGCUGAUUAGAGGUUUUAUUUUUAUUUAAUACGAUUAGAAUUCUACUAAUUGAUAAAAUUUUAGAAAGAAAAGAUGAAAUGGUGAUAGCUUAGUUAAAAUUAAAAGCUGCAAGGUUAGAGCCCAUCUUUAAUGUUAUUCGUAGAAAAUUAAAAUAACAACGUUUAGUAAGUGCUACUCUAAAUUAAUCAAAAAAAGGAACUGUGAUUCUUUGUAAAAAAUCAUCAGAAGAAUUAUCUAAAUAAUCUCUUGAAUUAAGUAAUGAGAUUAAAGAAGAAAGAUAAAUAAAAACUUUAGAAUCAGAAAAUUUGGUUGAAAAUAAAAUUAUGGAAAAAAUUUAAUCUAAAUUUACUGCUGGAGUCGCUUUUUCUUGGCUUGCUAAUCGUCAUGAAAAUAAAUAAAGUAAUUUAUAAUAUUCUUAUGUAAGUUAAACUUGAUAAUGAAGUAAGUGAAAAAUAAUUCUUAAGAAGAUCAACAGCAUUAUAAUUUGGUAAAAAUACUCUAAAUAGAUUAAAAUAAUAGGUUUCAAAAAAAAUUAGUGAAAACUCAGAUUAAUUAAUAAGGCAAGGAUUUCUAAAAUUAGAAUAAAAAAAAGAUAAAAAUAAUUAUAAAAAUAUAUAAUCAAAAGUUAAUUCAGGAUUAUCUAAACCUUAUAUCAAUCUCAUUCCAAAAGUUAAACCAAUAAAAAGAUAAUAAACUUUAGGUUUUGUAACAUCUGAAAGAUUAGAAAAAUAAACUUUUCGGCCUACUUAAGAUAAUAAUAAAUAAACCCUUUAAUGA